GUGGUUGUUGGUAGUUGUCAGCUGGAGAACGUUCGCGUACGUUCUGUCUUUCAGCGAGUUUAUAGUGCGAUUUGCAAAUCGACGUUUUCUAAUAAACAAUAUUUUAUAAGUUUUAUCAAUUUAAAGCCAUGAAUAGGAAUCCAGAAUGAAUGCAGAAAAGGCCAACUUCGUGUUGGCUCGAAUUAUAGCUUCGCAGGCAGGGAAGUCCAAGGACGGAGUAAUAUUUCUGAAGGAUACUAAGCCAUACUCCUGUGGAAAGGAUAAGGACAAUGACAUUCGUUGUAAUGGCGCGAAUGUUGCUGGGAAGCAUUGUAUUUUCUUCCACUACCCUAACGAAGUUUUUAUUAAAGAUUUAAGUGACAGUGAAAAAGGCGUAUACGUCAAUGGGAAACACCUAAAACCACAUAGACUUAUUAAGUUACAAGAAAAUGACCUCAUAGGAAUAGGAACAUGUAGGAAAACCUCGAAUGAUUCAGGCAAAUUUAUUUAUCGUCUACAAAAGCAGGCGGCCGUCGAUGUUAUUGACGACAGUCUGUUUCCAGAAGUUCGAAAACGAAGUUUAGAAUCUAAUGGAGAUCAUCAACCUUCUAAGAUUUUAAAAAACUCUGAUUACAUAGAAAUAUCGCCAACAAAUGUUUCCGUGGCUGAGGGCUUUGGAUCAACAUCGUUUACAUACAAUAUAGGCAACUGUUUUCCUCAAUCAAGUUUCAGUGGACGCACAACAGGAGUGCAAUCAAUUCCUUCUGUUCCUGCGAAAUCAGUAUUAAGUGAGGAAAACCUAUCUACAAAUUACGAUAACCAUGAAAAGUCUCUAAUGCCUCCGCAAAGUCCUCCUAUUUGCGAGUUUUCGGGAAGUGACACUGAUACAAAUAGUACUAUAAUUUUGAAUAAUAGUGGCAUACUUAGUGAAGAUGAAGAGGACACUUAUGAAAUUGAAGAGCUAAAUAGGAAUAAGAUUGCAGUCAAAAAAGAAACAGAUUUGAUCCAUAAUGUAGUAAUCCUUCUUGAUAAUGACAGUGAUGCAACGAAACUUUCUGAAGAAGGAAAUCGAUUGGAUGAAAUCAACUAUGAAGACGAUACUACUUUUGGCAGUGACACUGAGGAAAUUCCUUAUCGCAAUGUCAAACCUCUUCCUGUCGUUUUAGAUUUAGAUGAUGCGACUGACAUUGAAGAAGAACUUCCAAUGGAUAAAUCUGAGAAGAUUGAUGAACCGGUGGUAAUAAAUAUUAACGUAGAUACACGUGAAGUUGCUAAUAAUAGGGCUGAUAAUCCUGAGGGUAAACUAGAAACCAGGAUCCCGGAAUUGAUCGAACUUGAUUCAGAAGAUUCCAGCUUAGAAAACGGUUUUUCGAAUUCAUUAAUCAAAUCUAAAAUAAAAGGAGAGGAAGGCUUUGAUUCGGAAGGUUCAACUGAUAUUGAAGAGGAACUUCCGCUGGUUGAAUCCGAAACAGCGUUUGUUAUCGAUUUUUUAGAUUCCAAUGAAAAUUUUACAACUUCAAAGGGAGAUUUGAUUAAAAGUUCUAAAGUUCCUUUUGUUGUUCCAAGGGAAUUUGUCAAAAAUAAUACAAAAAUAGAUUUGAAUCUGUGCAGGAGUCAAUCUGAUGCAAAAAAUUUUAUUAGUAAAAGUAUUAGCAGCAUUGACCAGUCUUCAGUCGAAGAUUCGAGAGCAUUAGUAAAAGAAAAGGUAACAGUACAAGAAGCGAAACUGGUUGUAGAUAGGUUUAAUACAGAACCAUCGAAAUCUAUUAUCAAAUGCGGUUAUAAUAAUAUAAUUGAAUCUAAAGAAACUGCUACUCCAAUACCAGAUGAGAAAGUGUCCACGUCGGAAACAGAAUGUGAUAAACUCAUAUCUCAAAUCCUGGAAUGGAAUGCUGUUGAUUUUCAGAUUCGUACAACUGGAAAGAAGUGUCCAAUUCUAAAAAGCUAUAAGAGUUAUGAGCAAUAUUAUGAAGUACUAAAGUCCCAUUUAAUAUUUGAGAUUGCAUAUAAGGUAAAGAAGAAUCUAGUAUCUGGCGAUAAACAUUCUAUAUUAAAAUGUGACGUUGUAAAAAAUUCAGCUUCAAAAAUUAUAAUAGAUGGAACUAAUUCUUGUAUGUUAGCUUUCUAUGUGUACAUAAGAGUUGACCACCCAGCCACUCGUAAAGUGCCUGCAAUCGGAGAUCUCGUGCGCCUUGAAAUAUCAUGUGAUUAUCAUAAAUACGCAAUUCUUGGUUACGUUAAAAAUGUAACUACUAUUAACCCAGACAGUAAUUGCAUUCAAGUAAUCUGUGCAAUCAUGACAAAGUUUCUGGACUUAAAUAUCUACAUGAGUACAGUUUCGGGGCUUCAUGUGGUAACUGGAUUACUUGCUCCACUAAAUAUGAUGCAGGCAUUGACAGAUAUUAAAUCAUCACGACUCUUGCCUCUGAUUUUAAAUCCAGGAAAAGAAAAUUAUCCAGCUCGUGACCCUUUAGAAGAAAUAAAGCUGUCGCCAUCCGCUUGCUUAAAGCUGUAUCACGUUUCAACUGAUCAGGCUUAUGCCGUUAUGGAAAUUUCUAAAGUGAUUGAACGCCAAGAACCAAAAAUCUGUAUACUUGAGGGACCGCCAGGUACAGGAAAAACAACAGUAUUGAUUGACGCUAUUUCUAAUGUCUUGCUCAAUAAAGAAGAAAAUUCGUUGAAGCCCAAAAUACUGGUAUGUGCUAAGUCCAGAAUGGAAGUUGACGAAAUUGUGUUUAGACUGGCUUUUGCGAAGAAAAAAUUACAGCAAGGUAAAGAUAUUAAGUUGGUUCGUAUUGGAGAUCCAGAAACGGCGAGUCCAGAAGUUAAACAAUUUACAUCUGAAGUAUUAGCUAAGCGACAUGUCGAUCUGGGUAUAAAAGAAUUCUUAUUAGCAGAGGAAGUCGCAUUAUCGCGGAACAAAGAAGAGUACCGAGAACAACUAAAUUCACUCUAUUCCGAUUCUAAAGAAUUAGAAAUUCCCUGCGAUGCAAUAAGAUCUCAUAUUCGCGAAACAUGCUUUGAAAUUCUAGCGAGUCGCAUAAAUGUACGUAAAAUUUCUGAGGAAGAAGUCUCAAAACUCAUGGUGUUCGCCGAAAACAUGAUUCUAUCAGAAGCAAACGUAAUUGUCUGUACACUUUCCAUGCGCCUCGCAAAUAAAUUGGAUGUCGUUUAUGGGAAAACGGGAAAAAUUUCAGUGUGUAUAAUUGACGAAGCAACUCAAAUUUCGGAAAUUGAAAUAUUAAAACCUCUCACGUAUGGUGUAAAUACUUUAGUUUUAUUGGGCGAUCCAUUCAGAAGUUUAAUAGUUGGAAAGUCUUAUAUUAAAUCAAAGAAACCAAAGAAAAUAGAUAACGCAUUAUUUUCGCGAAUUAAAGCGAAUUACGAAGUAUUGGAAAAUACCCCCACAUUCUCAUUGGACCGUCAGUACCGAAUUAAUCCGAAUGUGGUCUUUUGGCUAAAUAAACUUGUCUACAAGGAAUAUAUGAAAUCUGGUUUCCCAGCUAUGAAUUAUCCACUAUUAUCUUACAAAGUUUUAAACUUAUUUCCUUAUUGUAUUCGGCACGAUGAGCCAUUAUUUGUGUCGACUUUGAUUUCCUGUAUCGUCCAGUUUGCAAAAAUCGACCGAAUUAUCAAGCCUAUGAGGAUUGGAGUAAUUCUGCCAAUAACUACGUUUAAAUCUGAAAUGAUUUCCAAGAUUAAUACAAGUUUAUCGACAAUAUUGGUUGAAAAACGUGAUAUGUUCAAAAUCGAUGUCGACACUCUUUCUGCCUUUAAGAACCAGGAGAGGGAUGUGAUAAUAAUAUCGUGCUCUAAAAUAACUGAAGACGUGGAAGAUCCUGUAGGAGAUGAAUGGUUAUAUUCAGCGAUGACCAGAGUCAAACACAGCUUGAUAUUAUAUGGCACGUUUAGGAAGAAUAUGAAGCCAAGUCUCUUAUCAUCAGUAGUUAGAAGUGCAGUGCCUAAGAACUCUUAUUUUAACAUCAUUGACCCUGCAAGUCCUUCGGAAUUAAAAAAUUAUGUAAUAAGAAAACGUGUUUCAUGAAAUACGGUGCUCUAUGCGGUAAUAUUUUCAUGUAUAAAAACUAUUUUUUACCUCGAAAAUAGUAUAGAAAUAAAUUUUUAAUGUCUGUUAUUAAAAUAUAAGAUUAUUAGCCAAGAAGCAAAUUCCUCUUAUGAUGAAAAGUCAGAAUUACAGUGGUCUAGGAAC